AUGGGUCAAUUCUCCUCUACUUCUGCUCGUCGAUCGCGACUUCAGAAGAAAAACGAACUUGUGGAAGUGGAUUUCUCGGACGCCUCAAUUUCGAUUCCCCCACUGGCUCCUGAUGACGAUGAUCAUACGAAGCCCGACCUCGCUGCACUAGACGAUUGGGACGAUAGCCUUUACGACAAGUCGCCGACGAUUCAAAAUGUGACGAGUACGGGAACCCCGGCUAAUAAUUGCGGAAUCAUCUCCUCAAUCACGCUACUGCUCGCGAUUGAGGAAAUCCGAAAGCUUCUUCACAGAAAAGCGAACGCGGCCGCCCUAAAGACAGACAGAACGGACGAGCUAUCGAUUGGAACAGGCCCAGCGAAUACUUUCAAAGCGUUUCGUAGGAUCAUUCAGCGAAUCCCGUUUGCUGAAACGCUUUUCGAGUCGGACGAUGCCAAUUUUAAAAUCAUGAGGCCCUUGAAUACAUCCGAAGAAGCGCUUUCUCCUGCAUUUGGAGGAGUUACAAAAGGUGUGAUUGGUUGGUUGGAGGCUGUGAAUGCUAAAAGCUUCAGCGUGGACUUCGCGAAAACCAAGAAUCCAUAUCUCAGCAUCAAGGAUUGGAGAGAGCUGGAUCACAGUGUUGCCUGGCUGAAGAUUUCCGAUGAUGAAUUUGAAAUGAUUUCGAACGAGACACAUGCACAAAUGAAACCGCACGAGAAAGUUCAUCUGGAAAUGGUGGUGAUGAAAAGGGAUCAAGCUAAUCUCCAU